AUGGGUGGCGUUGGUGCUAUGGUGAAGGGAGCUUCAUAUUCAUAUGAUGUGUUUUGUGGUAGCUUUUUAAGGUCUCCGAGGUUAAGCUUUAGCAUUCAUAACAAGAAGGAGAAGUUGUUGAAGUUCAGGAGCUUCUCAUCAAAGAGCACAUAUUCCUCUCUCCAACCAUCAGAUGUGUCUCGUUUGGCAAAAACAGCUCAAAUUUCUCUCACCCUAGAUGAGGUUGAAGAAUUUGCUCCAAAGAUUCAACAGGUGAUUGACUGGUUUGGGCAGCUUCAAGAUGUUGGUCUCCAAAGCAUUGAGCCCUCUAUUAGAGCAAAGACCGAAAACAAUUUGUGCGACAAUAUUCCGGAAACAUUUGAGCACACACUACAAAAAAAGAGCCUAUGGUCACGGUAA